UGCCUUGUGUAUAAACUGCUGGUUUUAAGCAGGGGGUCUGGGCAGGCGCACUGAGCGCAGAUAAAAUGGCAGCCGCCAGGCAGGACACGCAAAGCAAUACAAAUGAGUCUUCCAAGUUGAGAAAAAGGCGAGCGGGUUCACCGAUACCCAAACAAGACUGUAGCCUUAAAGAGACGGACAACGAUGAAAAGAAAGUCAGACUGAAAUCUGAAGAGAAAGUUCACCCAAUACAAACCGGAACGUUCUGGCUGACAAGGGUUGUGCUACUUAGGUGUACCGCUUUUGUUUACUUGGUGGCUUUCUUGGUUGCCUACGACCAAAACAAGCAGCUGAUUGGAGAGAAGGGACUGCUGCCAUGCAAGCAGUAUUUGAAAAGUGUCAAACGCUACGUUGGUGGAAAGAUCGACAUGAAAGCCUUGAGCUACACUCCUACUGUCCUGUGGUUCCUUGACUGGUCUGACAUGGAUGCCAACCUGGACUGCAUUGCCCUGCUGGGCCUAGGUCUCUCCACCUUCGUACUGCUCACUGGAUGUGCCAACAUGAUAAUCAUGAGCCUGCUAUGGAUUCUGUAUCAUUCCCUGGUCAACGUUGGACAGAUCUGGUACUCCUUUGGUUGGGAGUCCCAGCUCUUGGAAACAGGAUUCCUGGGAAUCUUCCUUUGUCCGCUGUGGAGCCUACGGACUGUCCCUCGGAACACGCCACCGUCCCGCAUCGUCAUCUGGGCUUUCCGCUGGCUCAUUUUCCGUAUCAUGUUUGGAGCGGGGCUGAUAAAACUCAGAGGGGACCGCUGCUGGAGAGAUCUGACCUGCAUGGACUAUCAUUACGAGACACAGCCAGUGCCCAAUCCCAUGGCUUACUACAUGCAUCGAUCCCCUUGGUGGUUCCACCACUUUGAGGCCUUGUUUAAUCAUUUCAUCGAGCUCAUCGUUCCAUUCUUUAUUUUCAUGGGCCGUCGAAUGUGUGCAGUGAACGGUCUUCUACAGAUUAUAUUUCAGGUGGUUCUUAUUGUGAGUGGAAAUCUGAGUUUCCUCAACUGGCUGACCAUUGUCCCCAGUGUUGCCUGCUUUGACGAUGCUAGUCUGGGAUUCCUCUUCCGUUCUGGACAAGGAGGGGUUAAACACCAAGUAGAGAAGGUUCAGUCCGAAGGGAAACCCGCGACAACCUGGGGCAUGCAGAUCCGUCGAGUGGCAAACAUCUCUCUGGGUCUCAUGAUAGUCUACCUCAGCAUGCCUGUAGCGCUGAACCUGGUGAGCUCCCAGCAAAUCAUGAACACGUCAUUCAAUCCCUUAAGAAUAGUCAACACAUAUGGAGCGUUUGGAAGCAUCACUAAAGAACGUACCGAAGUUGUCAUCCAAGGAACGUUAAGUGCCGACCCCAGUGACCCGGGUGCCUUAUGGGAAGAAUAUGAGUUCAAGUGCAAGCCAGGGGAUCUGAGGAGGAGGCCGUGCCUUAUAUCACCUUAUCAUUAUCGACUGGAUUGGCUAAUGUGGUUUGCCGCAUUUCAGACCUACGAGCAAAACGAAUGGGUGAUCCACUUGGCUGGAAGGCUGCUGGCUAAUGAUACUCUUACUUUAUCACUGAUGGCACACAAUCCAUUCAAGGGCAGAGAACCCCCAAGGUGGGUGAGAGGAGAGCACUUCAGGUAUAAAUUCAGCGCCCCUGGCGGGAAACACGCAGCCGAGGGGAAGUGGUGGAUUCGCAGGAGGAUCGGACCCUACUUUCCACCUGUCAACUCGUCAGGACUCAGGAAGUACUUUGAGGCACGAGACUGGCCCCAUCCCGAUUCUGAAUAAAAUUAAAUGGAGCGGGGCAAAGGCCAAAAGAGGCACACAAAGAUUCCACCACACAUACUGCUGCACAUUUCAAUGUGUUUUUUUUUUUUUAAAUGUUGAAUCUUCAAGACAUUGAAAAAGACUUCUAGUCAAAAUGUUAGUCAUUGCAUUUGUUUAUCUUACCAUUACUUUCUUAUUUCAAAUCAGACCUAAAAAAAUGAUACAGCGUCACUACCGUUAAAUAUACUUUAAAUAUCAUGGAAGUACGCUAAUAGUAUGCUUCAUAUACUACAUUUUCAUAAGGGUAUGCCCUGUUACCAUGUCGACAGCAGUAGCACUAGGAUUAUUCUUGAGCUGGAGAGUUUUAAGAUCUUGUAUUUCAUUCUGUCAGUGACAUCUGUUUUCAAUGGCCCACUCAUACCAAGCUGGCCUGUGCUAGUACAUGUGGCCCAUGUACAGAGAACGUGUAAACACAAGCCAGCAAGCAGUUCUUUGUAAAAUUGUACCAAUCUUUUCUGUAAAGCACUAGUGGAUAUUCACAAGUACAGUAUAUAAAAUAAACAAAAUACUUAUUACAAAACCUAAAAACACAUUAAGAAAAAAUAUGUAGAUACAUGGAAAAAACUUGUUCUUACUUCAACACUAUCUUGAAAUUUGAUGGGUAGCCGAACUAAGGAAAUUGCAGUGUAGUUUGAAUUUCAUAGACACAUAAUUUCUUGCACUUAGGUAAGGACAUGUUACUAAAUGUCCUCCUGAAAAUGUCAGCAGUGCAAAAUAUCUGUCUGAGAUUCUGGAUCUGCUACUUUGAAACCCUUCACUCUGAGUUACAGAUUACUGCAUUUUAUAAAGAGGGGGAAAAAGGUGCUUUAUACUUGUAAGAUUGCGAUCAAUACUACUAUAACCUAAAAAGAGCCUAGUACUUACUGUAGUGCUCAGGUAAGCAUGCAGGGUUUUCAUUCUCCAUCAUUAAAGACCCUGUAUUUUUAAGAUUGCAUGUUAUAUGCAGCUAAUUAUGUUGCAAUGUGUCCAUACAUCUCUAGUCCAGGCCCAAAAUAAAGGGAUUUCAUACAAUAUCUUUGCUAAAUAUAAACAGCUCCAGCAUGUCCUCGUGCAAAAGAAGAUACAAUGAAUGUAAUAUUGCACUGUUGAAUGCCCAGGUGUGUAAUUGCAGUUCAUUUUCGUUAAGCCAUGUGAACAGAGCCUGAAGUGUCAGUUCCUGCUGUACAGCUGUGCCGGGCCGGCCCUUUCUUUAACCAGUAGAACAGUACAGUAUGUUCUCAGCUCUGUGAAGCGAAGGGAUUUAACAAUAGUACUUAGUUUGCACUCUGUCUUGUUUAAUGUUUUGAUUGCCACAUGUUUGUUUAUCUAGACAACUGUCCAAUAAAAAACAACAACAAAUAA